AUGGCAGUCGUGGACAGUGAGUGCAAGUAUGUACUCAUUCAUGUGGGCGCCGAAGGUCGGAUGAGCGACGGUGGGACAUUCAAGAACUCUGACUUUGGCCAUGCCCUCAGUCCUGGCCAACUUGACAUCCCCUCGCUUGGCUGUCUACUGGGAACAUCAACAAACGCUCCAUAUGCCUUUGUUGGGGACGAGGCUUUCCAGUUGAGGAAGGAUUUCAUGCGACCAUUCCCAGCCAGGCACCUAAACGACAACAAACGGAUCUUCAAUUACAGGCUCAGACGGGCAAGGUGCUGUGCAGAAAAUGCCUUUGGCAUUACUGCUGCCAGGUGGAGAGUACUGUUGCGCACCAUGAACCUGCAGCCGGAGAAUGUUGAUUUUGUUGAGAAAGCUGCCUGUGUGCUUCACAACUUCCUAACUAUCUAUAACCCCCAGAAGGACCGCCAGAUGAUGCAGUGCCUCCAGUGCUUUGGUUUCGUCAGGAAACUUUCACUGCACUAUGUGGAGCACCUGGAUGCCUUCAUGAAGGAUGACGGCAAGGUUUGCAUAAAGCAUGCAAGGCUAACGGACAUAGGGUUUACUCGUACAAGCCAGUGA